AUGACGUCCGUCGACUAUUACCGCGUGCUAAAUGUCGCCAGCACUGCAUCUACCAAGACAAUCAAGGCCGCUUACCUCCAACUCGCCAAGGCCCUGCAUCCAGACGUAACCGGCAAUGACGAAACCAAAGCCGAGCGCUUUAAACACGUGAGUGAGGCGCAUUCGGUACUCACGGACGCUCAGAAACGACGGGAAUACGACGCCUCCCGUCCAGUACAGAGCUUCCGGCCAUUUACUACAUCAGGUCAGACGGAGCACCCGUACGCUGCAACUGGAGGUGCCCCUGACCUCCGAGCACGUCCGCUCUAUGGCAUUAAUGAAGAAGUCUGGCUCGCACAUCACUAUGGACCAGAAGCUGCUCGACGUGGGAACAUGCCGCCGCGUUAUUACGGAAUGGAAGUCGUGGAAGAAAAGCUCGAGCAGCAACGAAACGAACGCAUUCGCCGCCGCCAACGCCAUUUCAAACUGAAUCGGACGGCGGGGUAUUUCUUGCGGCGUGAAGCUCGACUGCAAAAGUACGAGGAGGAGCAAGCAAAAGCUCAAGCCAAAAAAGAGGAAGAAGACAAGAGCAAGGCUGAUGAUACCUGUGUCAUCAGUUAA